UCUAUAUGAGGAGAGAUGACUAACAGGUUCUGGCAACAGCAUUCAAUGGCUAUCUUAUCAUUACUUCUCUUCUUCCCCAUUCUUCUUCUAAUCCUGUAUGGAUACAAUGGAGCUCAAUACAAGAAACUCAAUCUACCACCUUCUCCAUUCAAGCUUCCGAUUAUAGGAAACCUCCACCAGUUGGGUUCCCUACCACACCACUCUCUCCGAACCCUUGCUGAAAAAUACGGCCCGCUAAUGCUUAUCCACUUUGGCAGCAUCCCCACCCUCGUUGUUUCAACAGCUGAGAUGGCUCAAGAGGUCUUAAAAACCCAUGAUAUUGAUUUCGCAAGCCGGCCAGCUUUCAAUGCAGGAAAUCAACUUCUCUACAGCUGUACUGACAUGGCCUUAUCACCCUACGGUGAGUACUGGAGGCAAGUGAGGAAAAUCUGCGUUACCGAGCUUCUAAGUCCUAAGAGAGUGCAGACAAUUGGGUUUAUUAGGGAAGAGGAAAUCGCGAUUAUGGUCAAGGAGAUUAAGGCUUCAUGUUCGAUCUCAGCUGUUGAUCUGACCGAGAAGUUUCUCACUCUAUCGAGCAGCGUUGUAUCAAGGGCUGCUUUGGGGAAGAAAUACUCAGAAGACGAUAAAGGAAGUAGUUCUUUUGCUGAACUGGCUAGGGAUCUGACAAUCCUUCUAGGAGCAUUCUGUGUGGGAGAUCUUUUCCCAGGGUUUGGAUGGUUGGAUGUUUUGACAGGCUUGGAUGGAAGAUUAAAGAGGAAUAAUCGAGGCUUGGAUAAGUUCUUUGAACAAGUGAUAAAGGACCAUCGCAAUAGCAAGACCAAAGAUGCAAACGACAAACACAUAGACUUUGUGGAUAUAUUGCUUCGCGUUCAAAGGGAAAUCACAACUGGCGUCCAACUCUCCGAAGAUAACAUCAAAGCCACUAUCUUGGACAUGUUCGUUGCAGGGACUGAAACGACAUCAGCCACCUUAGAAUGGACAAUGACUGAGCUUAUUACAAAUCCUAGAACGAUGGUGAAAGCUCAAGAAGAGGUAAGAAGAGUGAUUGGUAGAAAAAUGAAGGUGGAAGAGAAGGACAUUGUUGAGAUGAACUACUUGAAAAACGUAAUUAAGGAGACUUUGCGACUUCACCCUCCUGCGCCCCUAUUAAUUCCACACCAAUCCAUAUCAAGCGUGACGCUACAAGGCUAUUUUAUCCCUCCAAAAACACGGGUCUAUAUCAAUGCAUGGGCCAUUGGAAGGGACCCUAAAUUAUGGGAGAAACCUAAUGAGUUUCUCCCAGACAGAUUUACGAACAGCCCAAUUGACCUCAAAGGAAAUGAUUUUCAACUUAUUCCUUUCGGGUCAGGGAGGAGGAUUUGCCCUGGAAUGACAUUUGCCUCCUAUACUAUGGAGUUUGCUCUUGCCAACCUUUUAUAUUGGUUUGAUUGGGAGUUUCCUGCGGGUGUAACAAAGGAGAACCUAGACCUGAGUGAAGAAAUUGGGAUGGCUUCUCAUAAGAAAUAUCCUCUUCUUCUUGUUCCAAAAUAUCACUUUUCUGAAGCUGUUUAGACAUUCUGCUUACAAACUGGAGUUAUCCUACUAGUUAUUGUAGCUAUGUUAUGUAAGCAAAUAAGGAGGAUCUUCACAUGACAGAAGCUUCAGGGUUGGCUGCUCAUCAGAAAUUUCCUCUUCAUCUUGUUCCAAUAUUUCACUAUAUUAUGUAAGCAAAUAAGGAGGAUUUGGAAAUGAGUAAAGCUUCAGGAUUGGCUGCUCAUAAGAAAUUUCUUCUUCAUCUUGUUCCAAUAUAUCUCUAUGUUAUGUAAGCAAAUAAGGAAGAUCUAGAAAUGAGUGAAGCUUCUGGGUUGCCUGACCAUAAGAAAUUUCCUCAUCAUGUUCGAAUAUAUCAUUUUAAAAUUUUGUUCAGGCAUUCUGCUUGGAGUUGUCA